AUGACAGUACGUGAUAUCAGUACAUUUGAAAUGGAACAUAUUGAAUUAACCUUGAUAGUGGCUUGGCUUCAACGAUACAAAUUAGAUUUUGACCUAUCUAUACCUGCUGUCAAUGUGAAUGCAGAAAGCUAUGAUAUGUGGCUAAAAAUUUUCGGUGGAGAAAUCUACGGCAAAGGCGAUAUGUCACUUCAAGUAGUAAAACCUAGAAUCAAAGGUCAUGUAGUUGUCGGUCCCAGAAUUACUAGUGAGGGUAUUUUUAUAAAUAUUCUAGAAUGUCACAUUAGUAUUGGAUUGGAUGAUUUUAAAAUUGUCAUCAAAGGAAUGUUUAACAAUGAAGCCAGCAGCGAAUUUGUUUCAGAAUUUUUGAGGAACUUAACAGUAGAAAUGAUAGAUUUUUUCGAGGAGGAGAUCUCUAAAAUUUUGAGCGCAAUCGUGUUAACCGUCGGCAACAUAAUUCUAGCUGACAUUAAUCUUAGAGACAUUAUUGGUGGUAAU